UAUUCGUAGCUCUCUGGUAAUUUGCUGCAGUCUACGGAAGAAAGGAAAGAGAGAGAGAGAUAAAAACCAGAAAUAAAAGGAAAAAAGAGAUCUUCCGAAUCUUGUUGGAUUUGGGGAGUUCCCAAGCUCGACCGUUAGCGGGAUUGGGGUUAAGCAUACCUGAGUGCUGGAUAUGGAGCAUGACAUCAUGUCAUGUCUUAAUACCUCCACUUAUACUGUUGCGUAGCUGUAUUUAAUCAAUAUUCAAAAUCUCAUUGGCUCAGCUUAUGUAGUUGGGGAGUUUAGUCAGCCAGCAAACUUGCAAAGGAAGUUUGCAUUUUCUAAUUUCAAAACAUGAUGAUGACUCCAAAUCCAUCUUCAAAGGCCCCGUCAUCAGAAACUACAAAUUUCGGAGGAAUAAAUUCCACGAACUUAAACGCGGGCCCACCUCAGGCACCCAAUCAGCAAAUUAGAGCCUUGAAUGGACCUGUGGCUAUUCUCUGGGACAUCGAGAACUGCCCAGUUCCCAGUGAUGUUCGACCUGAAGAUGUAGCUGGCAACAUUCGGAUGGCACUUCGGGUGCAUCCUGUAAUCAACGGUGCAGUGAACAUGUUCUCUGCGUAUGGUGAUUUCAAUGCCUUCCCACGCAGACUGAGAGAGGGCUGCCAAAGAACUGGCGUAAAACUCAUAGACGUCCCAAAUGGUCGGAAGGAUGCUGCUGAUAAAGCCAUCUUGGUUGACAUGUUCUUAUUUGCGCUUGACAACCCUCCUCCGUCUUCAAUCUUGCUCAUAUCUGGGGAUGUAGAUUUUGCACCGGCGUUACAUAUACUCGGCCAACGUGGCUACACCGUCAUCCUCGUCAUCCCGGCUGGGGUAGGCGUCUCCUCCGCUCUGAGCAAUGCUGGCAGGUAUGUCUGGGAUUGGCCAAGUGUGGCCCGUGGAGAAGGCUUUGUGCCCCCCAAGGCAUUUAUGUCCCGUGGGUCUGACAUUGCUGGCUAUCUCAUGACUUGUCACCUCGGCGACAGUCCAGAUGCUCAAAUCGAAGAAGAAGCGAUCGUUUACAGAGGGAUCUCACAAGGUGACUACAGUACUCGAGCUAACAUCAACCAGAUUUAUUGCUUCAACUCGUCACAGCAUGUCUCAAGGGACUUCUCUAGAACGUCGCAUUCAAUGUCCGAGUACACCAGCAACAUGAUCUCGAUGCCUUGUUUUCCUUCAUCGAGAUCCCAGAGUCUGCCAUCUGAACCUUGUGCCAGUGACCCAAUCGAACCGCAAGACCCUACAUUGUGGGUGCAGCCUGGAGACGUUCAAGGUCUGAAGGGCCAGCUAGUGAAGCUGCUUGAGCUGUCGGGAGGAAGCUUGCCACUUGUACGGAUUCCAUCCGAGUAUCAUAAGCUCUUUGGCCGGCCACUUUAUGUGUCCGAGUAUGGAGCAUGCAAGCUUGUGAAUCUUCUCCGGAAGAUGUCGGAUAUGAUGACAGUGGAGGGGAAGGGGAAUCGGAAAUUCAUUUGUCUCCGUAACAAACUGGGGCCCGGUCUUCCUAGAAAGGACAAGAAAGGGAAAGGAGUUCAGGAUGAAAACAUCACUGGAUGCAUCGACACUGCUUGCUCGUCGGACGAGUUCUCAGAUGAUGAGCGGACCAAUGAACAGGACGAGAGGAACAUAGAGACUGUUUCAGAGCCUGCCCAUGAAUUCGUCAGCCGUCGCGAACAAUUCAGGCAAGAGCUGCAGGAGCUUCUCGUGAGCUACUCAUGCAAGAUUCUGCUGAGCACGUUCGAAGCUCUAUACGAGCAGCGGUACAAGAAGGCCCUUGAUUACCCGAGCUUUGGGGUCAAUGAUCUGGAGGAGCUGAUUGAGAAGAUGAGAGACGUCGUGAUCUUGCAUGAAGAGCAUGGUAGUAAGAGGAAAUUCAUUGUGGCAGCUGUCUAGGUGGCUGAAAUCAAUUUCAGCAUGGCCUGCCUUACCUACACAAUAGUCUCUACAUUUUCAAGUCAGACUCAUUUGUGAUACAUCGGUUGAGGUAUGCAUGCUUACUGCACGUCUUUUUUUUUUUCUUUUCUUUUUUUUUUUUCAAUUAUAGUUUGUAGGAGAUGUUUAGGAAAUGUGUGUUGUUGGCUAAGUUCAUUGUUUUAUUUUGUUUUUACCACUUCUGAUGCACGCCUCUAACACGGAUACAAUGCCUAUUUAUAAGUGUCCGUGGUAGAAGAGCAAUUGCCACGUCAGCGGCAUUGCAAUUCUGGGGGUGCAGUUUUUAACUAAUCAACUGCUGAUGGAAGAUAACUUGUAAAUUGACUAUCAUUUUACAACUUUAAUGUCAUUGUGGUUGUCUGUGUAUUAAGGAAGGUAGCUCUUAUCUUU